ACUAAAUGCAAUGUGGGAACCAGUGAAGGCGAGAAAGGGGAAAAAACAUGGUGGUUUUGAAAGGCAUCCCGAGAAUUUUGUCGCCGGAACUUUUGCUCGCCCUGGCCCAAAUGGGCCACGGAGAUGAGAUUGUCCUGGCUGAUGCUAAUUUUCCAUCCAGUGGCGUGUGCAGAGCUGGACCCCGUGAGAUCAGGGCAGACGGUCAUGGCAUUCCUGAGCUUUUGGAGGCGGUGUUACAACUCUUCCCAUUAGACGCAUUUGUACCAGCGCCGGCAAUGCUGAUGGACUUGGUUCCGGAACACAAGAAAGAGAAGCUUCCAACACCAGUCUGGGAUAAAUAUCAAACACUCUUGGAUGCUGCAGAAGGCAAACAUGUUAACAUCGAAAAGAUUGAGAGGUUUGCCUUCUAUGAGAGAGCAAAGAAAGCCUUUGCUGUUGUAGCCACGGGUGAGGAGGCAUUGUAUGGCAACCUCAUUCUGAAGAAAGGGGUCAUAUCCUCAGGUCAGUGAUCUUUGACCUCUACGGCGGCUCCAUAGUUAAAGCCAGCAUUUUUGCCAAUCGUCCAAUCAAGAGGGAGGGAGAGAAUUGAUUAGCCCUGCUCAGUGUGAAUGAGAACAAGAACGAGAUCAGUUUCUUGGAGAGAUGCAAAGGCAGUGAUUUUCCUUGGCAAAUUAGAAAGGGUGCUAGAUACAACAAACGACGCUUUUGAUGUGCGGUAGCAAGUGGAUUAUCAGCAAUUAAUUUUCUUGGUCUGAUAAGAAGGUGUUUUAACUUGAAUAUCAGAACAAUAUUGAAAAUGCUUCCAAUUUGAAGGGAAUUAGAGAAUCAGAAUGUCUAAAGUUUACAUAUGCUUUUCCAUUGACCUAAUUUUUGAGAAAAAUACUUUUGUACAGCUGUAUUUUUUAAAAGGUCUACAUUAUUUAAGGUGGAAUUUUACAUUUACUGAAAAGAAGUUCUUUCAGUUGACACAAAAAAAUUAACUCGUGUGUAACCAUUUACAUUUCAUUAAAAAACAAUUUGUGUCAAGUACAUGUAUGGACCAAUUUCCUGAGGAUAAAUUGUGAUGUCAUUUGAGCUUCUGGGUAGGAUAUCCUAUAAUUUCCGAUUCAAAUUGACAGAACACUUUCCUCUUGGUCCUUUUUCCUGAAUCAGAAUUCAAGGUUGAAUUACACAAAAUUUGAAAAGUAGUUUUUAAUUUCACCCUGAAAGAAUAUAUGCAAUAUGUAAUACGUGCACCUUGUAGCGACAUGUACAACUGUCUUCGUCUGAAGAUUUUGAAGAAGAAUAUUUAAACUUAAAAUUGGUUUAAUAAGAACAUUUUGUUACUGCAGCAAAAUAUUCACAAGUAUGAGUGAAACGUGGCCAGAGUUGAAUGGCCUCAGAAAUCUCAUUGCACCUGUUUGUGUCAUUUCUUAGCCCGGGCCCAACCCAGCCAAUUGUGGUCGAUUAUUAUAGGGAGAGAGAGAUCAGUGUUAAUUGUUGGAGAUUUUGAAGGAGGAGUGGUCGGGAAUUAUAUUGACUCCUGCAGUCUCAUAUGAUAUUGCUUAAGAUGCACGUUAUUAUUUAGGUUGUUCCAUUUUUUUGGCCUGAAGGCAAUAAAAUACUCUCUGUUUGCUCUGUAAUAGUA